UCUCUCUCGGCCCUCCCCCCGCCCUCUAGCUGAGUCCAUUUUCGUGAGCCCUUCUUCUCUGUAUUAUUCUACACAGCCAGAUAAAACUGCUCUUCUCCCUUGCGAGAGAGAGAGAGAGAGAGAGAGAGAUUGAGAGACGAGAUGGGCUUCGUCCUCCGAGCCCUCCGACGCUCGAAACCCUUCCUCCAGUCCCAGCUCUCCCGUCGGAGCCCUAACCCUACCCCUCUCCGAUGGAUCUCCUCCACCUCCGCCCUCUCCAAGCCCGAGUCCUCCGCCGCGGCCGAGCCGGAGCCGGUCCCGGCCCCGGAGCGGCCGAGGACGCCGGUGGGCGGGGCGCGGCUCCACUUCGCGAGCCCCGCGGAGGCGAUCGAGGUGUUCGUGGACGGGUACCCCGUGAAGAUCCCCAAGGGGAUGACCGUCCUCCAGGCCUGCGAGGCUGCGGGCGUCGACAUCCCCCGCUUCUGCUACCACAGCCGCCUCUCCAUCGCCGGCAACUGCCGCAUGUGCCUCGUCGAGGUCGAGAAGUCCCCCAAGCCCGUCGCCUCCUGCGCCAUGCCCGCCCUCCCUGGGAUGAAAAUCAAGACGGACACGCCGGUGGCGAAGAAGGCGAGGGAGGGCGUCAUGGAGUUUUUGCUGAUGAACCAUCCGCUGGACUGCCCGAUCUGCGAUCAGGGAGGGGAGUGCGACCUGCAGGACCAGUCGAUGGCCUUCGGGGCGGACCGCGGCCGGUUCACGGAGACGAAGAGGUCCGUCGUGGAUAAGAAUCUGGGACCGCUGGUCAAGACGGUGAUGACCCGAUGCAUCCAGUGCACAAGGUGUGUUCGGUUCGCAACUGAGAUUGCUGGUGUUCAAGACCUUGGCAUGUUAGGCCGUGGUAGUGGGGAGGAAAUAGGGACGUAUGUGGAGAAACUUAUGACAAGUGAAUUAUCUGGAAAUGUGAUAGAUAUCUGUCCUGUGGGAGCUCUUACAUCCAAGCCUUUUGCUUUCAAAGCCAGAAACUGGGAAUUGAAGGGCACAGAAAGUAUUGAUAUUACUGAUGCAGUUGGAUCGAACAUAAGAAUUGACAGCAGAGGCCCAGAAGUUAUGAGGAUUCUUCCACGUCUAAAUGAGGAUAUCAAUGAGGAAUGGAUCUCAGACAAAACAAGAUUCUGUUAUGAUGGGCUUAAGAGGCAAAGACUAAACGACCCUAUGAUUCGUGGUCCUGAUGGUCGUUUCAAGGCUGUGACAUGGCGUGAUGCCCUAGCUGUUGUUGCUGAGGUUGCACACCAAGUAAAACCAGAGGAAAUUGUUGGAAUCGCAGGCCAGCUCUCCGAUGCUGAAUCUAUGAUUGCACUAAAAGAUUUCUUGAACAAAAUGGGUUCAAAUAACGUACUUUGUGAGGGGAAUGGUCCGAGUCUCCUAGCAGAUUUGCGGCCCAAUUAUCUGCUGAACUCAAAUAUUGCUGGUCUGGAAAAGGCUGAUGUUUUCCUUUUGAUUGGCACUCAGCCAAGAGUUGAAGCUCCCAUGGUGAAUGCAAGAAUCCGAAAGACAGUUCGAGCUACCCAAGCGAAGGUUGCGUAUAUCGGCCCAACCACCGACUUCAACUAUAACUAUGACCACCUCGGCAGUGGGCCCCACACCCUCCUUGAGAUCGCUGAGGGCCGCCACCCCUUCUGCUCAACCCUCCUCUCGGCAAAGCACCCUGCCAUCAUCGUUGGCGCUGGACUAUUCCAACGCCAGGACUUUUUAGCCCUCUUUUCUGCCAUUGAAGCCAUUGCUAAAUUUGGCAAAGUCAUUAAACCCGACUGGAAUGGUCUCAAUCUCCUUCUCCUCAAUGCUGCCCAAUCAGCAGCACUUGACCUUGGCCUUGUUUCAAACCAUAAUGAAAGUAUUCCGUCUGCAAAGUUCCUUUAUUUAAUGGGGGCCGACGAUAUAAACCUAGAGAAGCUUCCGGACGAUGCUUUCGUGGUCUACCAAGGGCACCAUGGUGACAAAGGUGUGUACCGUGCUAACGUAAUUCUCCCUUCGGCGGCAUUUAGCGAGAAGGAAGGAACGUAUGAGAAUACAGAAGGGUGUUCCCAGUGGACGGUUCCUGCAGUCCCCACCGUUGGUGAUGCAAGAGAUGAUUGGAAGAUCGUCAGGGCGCUUUCUGAGGUGGCCGGGGUCUGCUUACCUUACGAUAAUAUUGGAGCUGUUCGGGCACGGAUAAGGAUGGUGGCGCCCAAUCUACUGAGUGUUGAUGAGAGGGAGAGUUCUACGGUGUCGGUUGAGAUGAAGCCUCCGUUUGCAGAAAAGUUGAGCUUGGCUCCAUUCAGAAAAGCGGUGGACAACUUUUAUAUGACAGAUUCGAUCACUAGGGCUUCGAAGAUCAUGGCUCAAUGCAGCGCUACGUUGUCGAAGAAGUGAGGAAGUUGAGCUACUUCAUCAAGCUAUUAUUGAAACAAUUGUUCGUUUCACUCUUUUAUAUAUUGGAAAUUUGUCAGUUAACUGAGUUCCAACUCUUGGACUGUGCUGCAUAACUAGCAGCAAAAACCUAAUUAUGCUUUUUCCUGUGUAUUGUAAUAUGAGAGGCAGAGCCAACUUGAAUAAAGUGAGAAGAUGCUUAGAAGAUGCCUUUUUUUUUCCC